GAUGUGACAAGCUACGCGCUAAUCUAUGCAAUUCCCGUGACGGUGGCAAGGCGGUCCUGGCAGACUUCCUGUGUACACCGGUCCGCCAUCUUGUUUCUGGCUGCGACGCCACGGUUAGUGUCGCGUGACGUCAAUCCAGGCCAAAGGCUGUGUACUUCAGAUCCCCCACAAUGCUUAGCGAAACAGCCACGUAAACGACGGACCAGUUGAACAAGCUUCUUCAUUAGCAUCACAAGCGACGCUACAUCAUGCGGGAAUAAUGUGUCCGUCUUCAGCACAUUGACACAUUUCAGACGCCUUCACGGUCAUGCAACUCAGGAGGUGUGUCGCCAGGUCGUGUUGCUGAGAUGUCGAGUGUGUUGUUCGCCUCGGUGGUGCGCGUGGCCGACGGCUUGCCACUGUCUGCGUCCACCGACUACGAGCAGGACCGAGAACUGCACGAGACCAGAAAGUAUCUGAAGGCGCUCUCCAGGAAGCUGCCCAACUUCCCUGACAGAUGCACCUUCAGGAGCGGCGCCUACAACGUCAAUUUCACCAGUGCUCUGGGUGUAUGCUACAUGAUGGUGUGCUUGUCAAAUUACCCAAGCGUGUUGGCCUUCUGUUUCCUGGAUGAACUCCAGAAGGAAUUCAUCGUCACCUAUGAUGGAAAACGCGUCGGCGCCGCCCUUAGGCCGUACUCAUUCAUACAAUUUGACGCAGUCAUUCAAAAGACCAAGCAGCGCUAUAACAGCCCUCGCUCGCUCUCCACCAAGAUCAACAUGGCUGACAUGCAGACAGAGAUCAAGCUGCGUCCCCCGUACCGCCUAACACCUGACGACCUGCAGACCAUCAACGGCUUCUCGUCGCGAUCCUCCGCAAAAUACAAGGGCAUCGCUCCUACUCAGACUUUAGAGCCCCUGACGCUUCCCGGCGCCGUGUCCUGCGUCCUCAGCGUGCUGUGCGGAGGACUCAACCUGUUACGUGGCGUCCACGCUAUCGAGAGCGUUCUCCAGGAUGAGGACGAGGACUUUAGCUCCGUGAUCGCCUUCUUCCUGGGUACAGCCGCCUGCCUGUACCAGUGCUUCCUUUUUGCGUACUUCUCAGUGUGGAGGAACCUUAAGUCGUUUCUGGCCCUGGGGCUGGUGUGUGUGUGCAACAUGUACCUGUUCCAGCUAAGGAAUGUGUGGCAGAUCUUGUUCCAUGUGGCAGUGGCUGCUUGUAUGACGCUACACACGCAUUUAAGGCAGCCUCUCGGUAAGGCGCCAGAUUACAAUGUCUAAUAAUACUCCUAGACGCGACGAGAACAACUGCAAGUCUGACAAUCCCGAAUUCAACAUGAGGGACGAUGCCAAUAUCACACCACCUUGAACACAUGACAGUUUGACAACACAACAUGAAACUGACGAACUCUCAACCGGUCUGACCACCUGAAAAAUGCAGUACGCCAAUUGAUGAUCCUGAACACAGCAUCAGACAACCCUUAAUACAAGACUAAUGAACAUAUCUGAUUAAAACCCAUCAGGCAGGGCAGACGCUACUGCUGUGUGGAAAGGAAUGGUAGACUAUCUGGCUCAGACUUAUACGUUGAUGUCUUUGGAAUUAUUGAAACUUUACAAAAAAAGACUACGUUGACACAAAGCCAACUUGAGACAUGCGACCUCAACAUGUCUGAAUGAAAUGUUGAAGUCUGAUGACCCUUGAACGCACCACAAAAGGCAACAAUAACAGCAUCCAAUGACCCCAACCACAGGACCCUAUUGUUUGUUGUUCCACCACAAUAUGGACUGACAAGUGACAACCGCAACGUCCGACAAGCCCGAAUGCAAACCGAGUGACAGCAACACACCAUGGCUAGUUCUAAAACUGACUUGACAACUCUUUCAGAAUCCUAAAUGUGGCAGUUGAUUUUUUUUUUCCUUUUCUAGCUAUGCAACGCUGCCUCAUUUUGAGACACUUUAUUUAUUCAGAUUCAUGCUCUUUUAAAUUGUAUUUUGGGGAAUUGGGCAAUUUAGAGCUCACAAAGCCUUUUUUAAAUAUGGCAUCUUGCUUGAGUGAUCCUUAUAUCACCACCAAUAGCAAUGCCCUCUGUUGUGGUUGAGUUUUUGUUUCAGCAAUAAUAUACAGUGGUACCUCUGCAUACAAAGUUAAUUUGUUCCAGGACCUUGUCGAAAUGGUCCUAUAUCGAGCAGGAUUUUCCCAUAAGAAUACAGUAUAAUACCAUUAAUUUGUUCCACAGCCCGAAAACCUACACUGAAGCCUUAAUACAUAUCGCUGUUACUAUUACAAAUGGCAAUUAAACAGAAAAGAAAAUAUCAAUAAAAAUAGUAAUAAGACUUGUAAUAAUGUGGCGAAUGUGUAGUGUACCAUGUGGCUGACGUUAGGACUUUUCAUGUUCAGCCGUUGCAGACAGUAGGCAUGUUGUUUUGCACAAGUUCUGAAAUGAUUAUUUUGAGUGAUGUUAAAAUCAUAAUAAUUGUUAACUUAUAAAGACUGGCGAACGGAGGCUGGAGAAGGGCCGUAUUGUUGAGCCAACUCACGGACGCACACACACCACGCUCAUAUUUUUCUAUCAUUUCAAUGAUGUCACCUUUUUCACCAUCUACACUAACGUUCUUGGAACCCAUGUUGAUUUCUCUCACAAGAAAAUCCGCCGUGCGUCCGUCUUGCAGGAAAACAAACUGCAGCACUGUCAUACAUCGUCGUAUUUCGAGCAUGUCGUUGGAUGUUGAAACAAAUGGCAAGUCAAAUUUUACGUCAGAUGUGGAGGUACCACUGUAUAUGGAAAGAGACUGCUUUCAUGUGAAAAUGCAUUGGAACAGAGUUCACAAAUUUUAGGAUUAUUGCUGUUGAUAUCUGCCUCCACCUGCUGGCCAAAGAGUGAACACUCAAAAUACACGAUUGGGUUUGUUUAUUACUUGAGUCAGUCAUUUAUGAAAAGAAUAAAACAUCUUUACACUUCA